AAACACAAUCUUUUGUGCACAUUUUUUACUUAAUUUUUACUUUUUGAAGAAAAAAACCGCCUUUCAAGGCUGCUUGCUGCGUAGUGAAGCUAGCGUUAUCGUACAACGUGCAGUUACAGUAACCGGAGAGCAACAUCACAACAGCGGGGCGAUGAUGGAUGUGUUUUCUGUGUGAAGUUUGUUUGACCUGUAGCUUCAUAUUUUUAAAAAACAGAGUCUGCUUCAGCCGUGGUAAUCGUAAAUUCGACAUACAGUGUUCUAACCUCAGCGCAGCCUCUUAGUGUAGUGAGAACUUGUUAGCAUGUUAAGCUAAUAGCUAGCAUUAAUAAACAGGUGUGGAAAAGAUGGAGGAGAAUGAGGAGCAGCUGGACUUCACUUUGAAGAAGGGAAACAACGAUGAAGACAGCUUCAGGUUACACAUGGUUACGUGGAACGUGGCCACAGCUGAUCCUCCAGAUGACAUGACAUUGCUUCUGCAUUUGAACUCUCCAAAGAACCCAGACCUCUAUGUGAUUGGUUUGCAGGAGGUUUACUCAGGACCGGUGAGAUUCGUGUCUGACUCAUUAUUUGAUGACCCAUGGAGUCACCUGUUCAUGACCACCCUGGCACCACUGAAUUACGUUAAGGUGUCUUCUAUCAGAAUGCAGGGCUUGCUGCUUCUCUUCUUCUCCAAACUGGAGCAUGUUCCCUUCAUCAGAGACAUCCGGGCCACAUAUACACGAACAGGCAUUUUUGGUUACUGGGGUAACAAAGGAGGCGUCUCUGUCCGACUGUCUUUCUAUGGCCACAUGAUCUGUUUCCUCAACUGCCACCUGGCUGCUCACAUGAACUAUGCCUCAGAGAGAGUGGAUGAGUUUGAGUACAUAAUGGGCACGCAGACCUUUGACUGUAAGAAAGCUCAGACGAUCAUUGAUCACAGGCUGGUGUUCUGGUUUGGGGAUCUCAACUUCCGGAUCCAGGACCAUGGCAUGCACUUUGUUCGUACCUGCAUCAACAACCAAAACUAUAGCCUUCUGUGGAGCAAAGAUCAGCUGACCAUGUUGAAGAACAAAGAGAAGCUGCUCCAGGAGUUUGAAGAAGGACCUCUGGACUUUCAACCAACAUACAAGUUUGAUCUAAACUCUGAUACUUACGACAGCAGGCUCUACAAGACAUGGUUUGGCUUUAAUGGUAAGAAGCGUAAGCCUGCAUGGACUGAUAGGAUUCUGUGGCGGCUCCGGCCUGCAGCCCCGCCCCCCGAAGAGCAAAAGGAGAGUAAUGCAGAGGUGGAUGUGAGGGAGCUCAGGCAGCAGGAAGAGGAUGAGGAGUACCCCCUGAAAGUCAGACAGGAGUUUUACACCAGUAUCAUGGAGUAUGGCAUCAGUGACCACAAGCCUGUCAUCGGCAUCUUCACUCUGGCGCUGAGAAAGAUUCACACAACUCCCCUGGUGCGUCUGCAGCCAGAGGGUGACUGGAGCGCAGACAUCGACUCCAUUGUUCUCUACAGCCCGCUUCAGCCUUUCCCUUCCAGUACAUGGGACUGGAUCGGACUUUAUAAGGUUGGAUUCACCAGUGUGUCGGACUACCUUACCUACACAUGGGUCAAAGAUGACCAAGUGGCCUUCAAUGAAGAAGUCACACAGGUAUACGUUGAUAAAGAGGAAAUCCCAGUACAGGGAGGAGAGUGUGUGCUGUGUUAUUACUGUAAUUCUCUGCAGAGCAUCAUUGGUAUCAGUGAGCCAUUCAGGGUCCACGAGUCCAAGGUGGCCAUUGAGGAAGGCUUAAUGCCUGAGAAGAUCAAUGGACUUGACCAAACAGUAGCCAGUGGAGACAUUUUCAACUGAUUUACCUGAAGUCAUGGAUGUGGUAGGAUGUAGAAAUGGAUCUGGACUUACUGCGUUUCCCGCUGUAGGAAGCAGCCAUGGAAGUGCUGCCUUUACACCGUUAUAACCCCCCCUUACUUCUCUGAGGGGCUUUCAGAUAGGAUGCAGUGUGCAAUGUGCAGCAUGGGGUGUAGAGUGUUGCUACGUGACCUUGAUAAUUGAGAGGUAGCUAUUUAUAUUGAGUAAAAGUGUAUAGUUCUAUGUUUUUUGGACACAUGUACCUAUUCACUUAUCAGAGGAAAGCCCUGACAUUUAUUCUGCUGAGGAGGAGGAGAGCGGUAAAGAAUAAGAGGGUGUGGAUUCAUCAAAUCCUCAUGGCACAGUAGUAUUUGAGAGAGUUUAGACUUCUCCAGUAGCUUCAACUUUAAAAUGACCACUUUCAAGUUUGCUGCAGAAAGCAAUAUCAUUGGACAGGCUAAGAUGGCUUCACAGAACACUGUGCACUAGUUGAAAAUGUAGGACUUAUGCUCUGCUUGGCAUGGCUCAGAUACACAAUCAACUUGUGCACAACAAACAAUAAAUGGUUUUGACAGUGGCACACAUCGCUACUGAAUCCAAUCUGAAAGCCCCUUAAUGCUGCCAGUCAGGCUAAAAGUUGCUUAAAAUGAUUUAUUAUAAUUGUCUGGCCGCAGAUGAUAAAACUGAUUAAAAGCCAGAGGAAUUAGAGUUAAAUAAACUGCAUAGUGUAUGACUGGUUAUUGAAGAAGGAGGUAAAAGCUAGGACUAGGAUGCUUUGUUUAAAUAGAAGGAAAAGUAUGUUGUAGGAUCUGUACCGACCUGCUGCUUUGUGUGUUAAGUUGCCGAAAGGAAUCUCUCAUUUUAAGGCUGUGUUGACAGGUAAAAUCAUCACUUUAAUCUCCAUGUUUGCUGAAGUUUAUCUUACAGCUUCUUUUGCGGUGCUAAGAAAAGAAGCUGGAAUAUUUAAGGAAGUCUAGAUUGGAUAACUUAAAAAAUAUUCAGUCAGUCUUGUGUACUGUAAUGAUUAAAAAAAGGGAAUUAACAAGGCUCACUGGCCAAUCCUUGUUUACAUGACUUGAAAGAAUGAAUCAGUUUAAAGUUAAACAAGAUUAAAACAAUGUUUGUGAAUUGCUGGUUGAAUAUCAAGAGAUUGGCAUUCUUAAAAUCUGGCUAUAGUUGUAUGUGAGAUAUGCAUGCUCAAGAUGCUUGAACAGGAAAAACUUAAUUGUUAAAAUUUAGGCAUUUUCCCCUAUCUUUUAUGUCACUCUAACUUAAGCUUUAAUUUAAAAAAUGCUCUGUCCACAUUUUAUAGGCUUUAAAUGUUUAAUUUUGCCCAUAUUUGGAGAAGUUUCAGUACUUUGAAUCAUGUUUCCUGCAGACAUAGGUUAAAAUGUUCCAACAAUUAAAAUCAAUAUGGGUAGAAAGAACCAAAUAUAAUUAAGAAGAUAUUUCCCCCUGUCAAUCCUGCUCUGACUAUUAUACCUUUAAAAUAUUGAUGGGUGUAUUUUUUAUUUUUUGCAGUGAUUUGUUUAGUCCCAUAGCACUGUCUUUGAAAUCUGAAUCUUUUCAUGUAUACUUUAUAAAAAACAAAAAAACAAACAAACAAACAAAAAAAAAAAACAAUCUGGCUCAUAGAUUAUCUUACAUCAGUAUUGUGAGUGACUGCUGUAGGAGGGUUUUGCAGUUAUAGUUUUCUUCUCAGUAUUUGAAUGAACUUCAGUUAUCCUGGAGGACUUGAAAACAUAGCUAUAUAUUUUGUAUGUUAUGAGUUUUGUUGUGGUAAGGCAGAUUUUCUGUAGCUUAUUUACAGCUAUUAGCUAUCAGCACCUUGUAGAUCUGGUUUAAAAAUAUUAAUCAUUCCUUUUUAUUACUGGUUAUGGUAUCACAGAACUUAAGGAUAUGAUGCACUGUUUAAUUUUAAGGCUUGUAUGGGUUGUCAUGCUGUUAUAAGUGUGUAUGGGAGAGAAAACAAAACUGUUUUUACAAAAUGGAUUCAGCAAGUGCCUUUGAAUUGAUUGUUGCUUCACUUUUAGCGUACUGUAUUAUGCUGCUCAACUUUGAUACAAUAUGUAUCAUUAAUAUUAAAUUGAUAAUUUAUGUCAUUAUGGCUUGGUUUCCAUGACCCAUGUAUGCUCCUUUUGAUUUCAAAUGUUGCUGUUUAAACUGUUACUCAUAUAAGGAUCUCUUUUAUUUAGUGAUAUUAGCCUGCUGGAUUUAAAUAUACUAGCCAGUUUGUGUCACAGAUUUUAUUUUGUAUUUUAAACCCAAAAGUUGACACCUUUAUUCAAAUAGAAAUGUCAUGUACUGUAACAGGAUACCGCAAAAUUUAUAGCUUUGCAAAUGAUAUUAUUAAAAAAUCUUAUACUUCA